AUGCCUCCAGGACAUCAUCAGUCGCCCAGAGCUUCAGAUCCUGAAGAGCUGAAGCUGCAGGCAAUGUACCCCGUCAGUUCCUCGGACUCUGUUUCUACCCCUGGAAGUUCCCGAGGACCGAGCUCUGCUCUCAGUCACAAGCGGACCGCGCGGAUGUUAAACAAGGCUGUGCAGGCAGGAGACUUUGAGAUCGUGAACAGCGCGACUAAGAAGCACACUCGAGACGUCGGCCUGACUUUCCCCACGCCGACGUCCAGCCAAACGAAGCUGCAGGGAGGUCGCUGGCAUGGAGCGGAGGACGGGUUAACUCGGCCAGACGGGCCGCUUUUGGGGAACAAGGGCAAGCAGAAGAGACAACCGCGUGGCUUGCUUGCGGAGAAAAGGACGACGAGGAACACGCCGAAGUGCCUGCAAGGAGUUUCCUGGUUUGUUCCCGCAGAGGAUUUGAAAUCUGAUCCUAAGAAGGAAGCUGGAUCCGGCGCUGUUCUCGGCCCCGGCCCCUCCUGGUUCAAACCGCUGACAGGCACCAAGCCGUGGCGGGAGCCCCUCCGCGAGAAGAACUGGCCCGAGGACCCCAGUGGCCUCCAGGUGCGUCUGACGGCUCCCGCGAGAGACAUUGAGAAUGAGCCGCCCCCUCCUUACGUGAAACUGUCGCUGCAGGAGUCUCUUGCCCUGCACCGUCCUGACUUCAUUUCCCGCUCUGGGGAGCGUGUGAAACGCCUGAAGCUGAUCAUGGAAGAAAGGAAGCUGCAGAGCAUGCUGCAAAGUGAGAGAGAGCAAUUGUUCGAUCCCCCUGAAGAAAGGAAGGCUUAUCGGAACGGCCUUGUGUCCAGCGGAGGCCACCGGGCUAUCCAGAGAUCCAGGUCGAUUUCCAAGUCCGAAAUGGUUCAGCGAUCCAAACGGAUCUACGAGCAGCUGCCCGAGGUGCGGAAAAGGCGAGAAGACGAAAAGAGGAAAUCAGACUACCUGGCGUACCGAUUGAAGGCCCAGCGUUACAAAACGAAAAUCACCAACCAUAUUUUGGGAAGAAAAGUACCCUGGGAAUGAUGUCGGACCCGUCCCCCUCCCUCCCAGCCUCCUGUGUCAAUAAAGUCUGUGACAUACAACAGAAAUUUUCAACCCUCUUCCUGUGUAAGCAGAAAUCUCUGUGAACAGAAUACUAAAGGCAGGUUUCCAGUUAUGCAAAACAGGUUUCAUAAAUUUCAGUUUGCAUUCCGGCGUGCCCUUCUAGUUAACACGAUGUGGCUGU